CUCCUGGUUGAGGAACGCCCAGUCAUGAAAGCUGAAGUGUUUGCGGCAUCGGACUUCAUCGUGAGUCUGCUCCGGGUAGGCAGUCCGAGCAGCUUGAGUGAAGAGAACUUGAUGGUUUUCCGGGAUACGCUGGCCAUGGUAAUGCGGAAUCAUUACCACAACCAUUGGUUCCCGGAAAGGCCAUUCAAGGGCUCGGGCUACCGGUGCAUCCGAAUCAACGGUCAGAUGGACCCUUUGGUGGCGGCGGCGGGGGCCAGCUGUGGCUUGGAUGCGGUCUUUCUGCGCUCACUCUUUCCCAGCGAACUGACCCUGUGGGUGGACCCUCACGAGGUGUCGUACCGGAUCGGCGAGAACGGCUCCGUCUGUGUGCUGCUGGACGAGCGGGCUCGUCCGGAGCCGGCCAAGAAGGACCGGAUGCGCUCCGCGUACGGCAAUUUCGGCGGCUGGGCGCCCGAGCCAGUCUCGGCCUGCGCCUUCAGCUAAACACCAGCCCUCCUCGUCGCCUCCCAUCCUGCCAGCCAUAGUGUGAUAUGAUCUCAGCAAAGUGGUAAUUAUCGGCGGUGCUAAGAGAUGCAUGAGCAUCAGGGCAUGUUUGAGCUGGUGUCCCCUGGGUCAUUCAUGUGAGCGAAAAAGCUGUCAUCGCAUUCCCAUCUGCCUGAACCCCCGCCCCCACCGAAGCCAGGGCAUGAAGAAUGCGGAACCAAAAAAAUAGCAAAAUAUAGAAAAAGUGGUGCUAAAGUCAACUGCGAAGUGAUAAAUAUCCGCUCUCCUCAGCCCUGGAGAGGUUCGGGGAAGAGCAUCCGAAGACCUUUCCCCUCGUUGUUGACGCCGCCGAUCCGAGGAAUGGCGAUAGGUCCGUGGUGCCAUUAUUGCUGAGACGACUGGCUCGCUCGUUGUUGACCCAAAAUGGUGCAGGCCAGCCAUGUUCAAAUCUGUUUCGAUUAUUGUUGACAAUUUAUUUUGUGCUAAUAAUGAAGCUAAGCCAAAGGCGAGCUGCUCUGUGAGAGGUAUGUGAUAGAGAGAAAUGUAUCUGGAGUGCUGCGCAAUCACGCUGGGGAUAAGUCCUAGGUGCUCGUGUUCAUGUUCAUCGUUCGUGACGGCUGAAGUGUCGGCUGCUGCUGGUGUGCUCUGCCGAGGUCAGGUCAGGUCACUUUUGAUCCCCGGGUGCGCCAGGAGCGGCUGACCUUUGUUCUCAUCGAUAUCACCCAGGGGCCAUCGCUCUCACUGGCCCUUCAUUCAUCAACUUCCAACUUUUUAAUCUGACAAAAGCCGCAAGUACAAGUCGACUUGGGUCGAUUCUUUGCACAGUCAUUGCAACAUGGUUGACCAGUGAUGUGGAUGGUAUUUCUGCGUAUUUUAUGUAUAAAUUGGAUUGUACUUAAUACGACGACAGGGGUCGAAGUCACCUGAGGGUAAAGGUACAAAUAAGUCGAGCAUAGCCUGUGAUUCGUUCCGCCACGCUAGUUUUCUCUCCUGCCUGCUGGGUCAAUUUGUUGAUUUUAUCGAGUUCACUCGCGUGGUCCGGACGUGCUGGUGUUUUAACUGUCGUGCUGGAACCCUAUGUAUAUAGUAACCCUCUUGUUGGCUGUGGCGUGUGGGCGUACCAAUUUGGUCGCAUCACACACCUGCAAGACGCUUUCCAAAUUUGUAUUUUAUUUGCCUCGAUGAGUCCGCCGUGUCGUAGAUGUUUUGUACAGAAAUAUAUGCUAAUUCUGCAAGUGAA